AUGGGCACUGAUGAUUCUUUCAAUGAAUUGUUGAAACCUGUUUACAAGGGAAAACAAUUAUCUGAUGAAAUCAAUACUGCUGAAGAUAAGUGGAACUUGCUUCCAGCCUUUCUAAAAGUUAAAGGUUUGGUUAAACAACAUUUGGAUUCUUUCAACUAUUUUGUUGAUGUUGAUCUUAAAAAAAUUAUAAAAGCUAAUGAAAAAAUAUUGAGUGAUGUGGAUCCAGAAUUUUAUUUGAAAUAUUUGGAUAUUAGAGUUGGUCAUAAAUCUACUUCAUCCACCAAAGAUCCAAUUUUACCACCCCAUGAAUGCAGACUGAGAGAUUUGACCUACUCAGCACCAAUCUAUGUUGAUGUGGAAUACACAAGGGGAAGAAAAAUUAUCAUGCACAAAGAUCUUGAGAUCGGGAAAAUGCCAAUCAUGUUAAGAUCCAACAAAUGUACCUUAGAUGGUGCUUCAGAAGCUAAAAUGGCCAGCUUGAAUGAAUGUCCGUUAGAUCCAGGUGGUUAUUUCAUCGUUAAUGGUACUGAAAAAGUUAUUUUGGUUCAAGAACAAUUGAGUAAGAAUCGUAUCAUCGUGGAGGCUGAUGAGAAAAAACAAAUUGUUCAAGCAUCUGUCACAUCUUCUACACAUGAAAGAAAAUCUAAAACUUAUGUUGUUACCAAAAAUGAUAAAAUUUAUUUGAAACAUAACUCCAUCAGUGAGGAAGUUCCAAUUGUUGUGGUGUUGAAAGCCGCUGGUAUCAUUUCAGAUUUGGAAAUUAUGCAGUUAGUUGCUGGUGAUGAUUCAACUUAUCAAGAUUUAUUUGUUAUUAAUUUUGAAGAAUGUGCCAAAUUAGGUAUUUACACUCAACAACAAGCUCUAGAAUUUAUUGGUUCAAAAGUGAAAACUAUGAGAAGAGCUAAAUUGUCUGUUUUACAAGAAGGUAUUGAAGCUAUUGCCACUACAAUUAUUGCGCAUUUAACAGUUAGUGAUUUAGAUUUCAGAGAAAAAGCUCUAUACAUUGCUUUAAUGACAAGAAGAGUUAUCAUGGCUAUGCAUAACCCAAAAAUGGUUGAUGAUAGAGAUUACGUUGGUAACAAGCGUUUAGAAUUAGCUGGUCAAUUAAUGUCGUUGUUGUUUGAAGAUUUGUUCAAGAAAUUCAACACUGAUUUUAAAGCCAAUAUUGAUAAAAUUUUGAAAAAGCCAAAUAGAGCAACAGAAUUUGAUGCAUUGUUAUCUAUAAACAUUCAUUCUAAUAACAUCACAACAGGGCUGAACAGAGCCAUCUCAACAGGUAAUUGGUCAUUGAAAAGAUUCAAGAUGGAAAGAGCCGGUGUUACACAUGUUUUAAGUAGAUUGAGUUAUAUAUCGGCACUAGGUAUGAUGACCAGAAUUUCCUCACAAUUUGAAAAAUCUCGUAAAGUUUCAGGACCAAGAGCUUUGCAACCUUCACAAUUUGGUAUGUUGUGUACUUCAGAUACUCCUGAAGGUGAAGCAUGUGGGUUGGUUAAGAAUUUAGCUUUAAUGACACAUAUUACCACUGAUGAUGAAGAAGAACCUAUCAAGAAAUUAUGUUACUUGAUUGGUGUUGAAGAUAUAUCGGUUAUUGACAGUGCUUCUUUGCAUUCAAAUUUUGGUGUUUAUUUGAAUGGUACAAUUAUUGGUACUACAAGAUUUCCAACAAAAUUCGUUUCAUUGUUUAGAAAUCUAAGACGUUCAGGUAAAGUUUCUGAAUUCAUUUCAAUCUAUACAAAUUUGCAUCAAAAAGCUGUUCACAUUGCCACUGAUGGUGGUAGAAUUUGUCGUCCAUUGAUUAUUGUGGAAAAUGGUGAAUCAAAGGUCAAAGCUCAUCAUUUAUUAAGAUUAAAACAAGGAAAAUCUCAAUUCGAUGAUUUUUUAAAACAAGGUUUAGUGGAAUAUCUUGAUGUUAAUGAAGAAAAUGAUUGUUUCAUCGCACUUUAUGAAAAUGAUUUAAGUGAACAAAUUACACAUUUAGAAAUUGAACCUUUCACCGUGUUGGGUGCUGUUGCUGGGUUGAUUCCAUAUCCUCAUCAUAACCAAUCUCCACGUAAUACCUAUCAAUGUGCGAUGGGUAAACAAGCCAUUGGUGCUAUUGCAUAUAAUCAAUUUCAGCGUAUUGAUACAUUAUUAUAUUUGAUGGUUUAUCCUCAACAACCUAUGGUGAAGACUAAAACAAUUGAAUUGAUUGAUUAUGAUAAAUUACCAGCUGGUCAAAAUGCUACUGUUGCAGUUAUGUCAUAUUCAGGUUAUGAUAUUGAAGAUGCCUUGGUUUUAAACAAAUCAUCAAUUGAUAGAGGGUUUGGUCGUUGUCAAGUUUUACGUAAAAACACAACUGUUUUGAAAAAAUACCCAAAUCAUACCAAGGAUAUAGUGACAGGUAUGAGAGUCAAUGAUGAUGGUGAACCAAUUUUCCAACAUGCUUCAUUAGGUCCAGAUGGGUUAGGUGAGGUUGGUACAAGGGUGGAAAGUGGUCAAGUCUAUAUCAACAAGUGUGUUCCAACUAAUGCUACUGAUAGUAUAAUGAAUCAUGCAGAUUCUGAACAUAGAGAAACACCUGUUUUCUACAAGGCCCCAGAACCAAGUUAUAUUGACCAAGUCAUGAUGUCUGUUUCAGAUAAUGAUCAAGCAUUGAUCAAAGUUUUAUUGAGACAAACAAGAAGACCUGAAUUGGGUGAUAAAUUUUCAUCAAGACAUGGUCAAAAAGGUGUUUGUGGUAUCAUUGUUCAACAAGAAGAUUUGCCAUUUAAUGAUGAUGGUAUUUCACCUGAUAUUAUCAUGAACCCUCAUGGUUUCCCAUCUCGUAUGACUGUUGGUAAAAUGAUUGAAUUGAUUAGUGGUAAAGCUGGUGUUUUGAAUGGUACAUUGGAAUAUGGUACAUGUUUUGGUGGUUCCAAAUUAGAGGAUAUGUCCAAGAUCUUAAUUGACAAAGGUUUUAAUUAUUCAGGUAAAGAUAUGUUGUAUUCAGGUAUUACAGGUGAAUGUUUACAAGCUUAUAUCUUCUUUGGUCCUAUUUAUUAUCAAAAAUUGAAACAUAUGGUUUUAGAUAAGAUGCAUGCAAGAGCCAGAGGUCCAAGAGCUGUUUUAACAAGACAACCUACUGAAGGUAGAUCAAGAGAUGGUGGUUUAAGAUUGGGUGAAAUGGAAAGAGAUUGUGUUAUUGCAUAUGGUGCUUCUCAAUUAUUAUUGGAAAGAUUAAUGUUAUCAUCUGAUGCUUUUGAUGUUGAUGUUUGUGACAAGUGUGGUUUGAUGGGUUAUAACGGUUGGUGUACAUCAUGUAAGAGUGCAGAGCAUGUUAUAAGAAUGACAAUUCCAUAUGCUGCUAAGUUGUUGUUCCAAGAAUUAUUAUCUAUGAACAUUGCACCAAGACUAAAACUUGGUGAUGUUUUUUAA